CAGUACAAAAUGGGUUGUCUUCCUUCCACAGACAUUCCAGAGCCUGUCAUGGAGGACACCAGCGAGGAUGCCUCGAUCCAUCGAUUGGAAGGCACUGAUCUGGACUCUCAGGUUGGCGGUCUUAUUUGCAAGACCAAAAGUGCAGCCAGUGAGCAGCAUGUUUUCAAGGCCCCUGCCCCCCGCCCUUCAUUGCUGGGACUGGACUUGUUAGCUUCCCUGAAACGAAGGGAGCGAGAGGAGAAGGAUGAUGGGGAGGACAAGAAGAAGUCCAGAAUCUCUUCCUACAAGGACUGGGAGGAGAGCAAGGAUGACCAAAGGGAUGCUGAGGAGGAGGGCAGUGACCAAGCUGGCCGACAUAGCCGAAAAGACAGACAUUAUCGAUCUGCUCGGGUAGAGACUCCAUCCCAUCCUGGUGGUGUGAGUGAAGAGUUUUGGGAACGCAGUCGGCAAAGAGAGAGGGAGCGGCGGGAACAUGGUGUCUAUGCCUCGUCCAAAGAAGAAAAGGAUCGGAAGAAAGAGAGAACACGGGAUCGAGACUGUGACCGCAAGAGAGACAGAGAUGAGCGGGAUAGAAGCAGACACAGCAGUAGAUCUGAGCGAGAUGGAGGCUCAGAGCGCAGCAGAAGAAACGAACCGGAGAGCCCGAGACACCGACCUAAAGGUAGACUGAGCUGUCACUUGUGGUGACUUGUGAGGGGUUGAGUGUAAAAGGC